UUAUUUAACAUGGUCGACCGAGCCGGCGGCACCUCAGUCCUCCACCGACCGUAACAAAGCAUUCGCAUUUUCCUUCGCUGAUUCCUCGACGAAUCGGCGAAUCCGGCUGUGGGAUUUCACGGUGUUAUACGCCGACGGGGUGAAUGAUCAUGGUGUUUUCGAUCGCUACUUUUGGCCUUCUUCUCCUUCUGGGGUUCUGUCUAGGCGAUGAUUUCGGUUAUGACGGAAAUCACGGUCCAUCACAUUGGGGCGAGGAGUAUCACACAUGCAUCGGGAAACACCAGUCGCCCAUUAACAUAGAAGAGCACAAUGUCAAGAACGUCAGCCUACCGCCGUUGAAGUUGAUCGGCAUUGACGAUCCGUACCAAUCGUUCGUGACGAACAAUGGUCACACAGUUAUGCUGAAAAUUAAUGAAUCCAAAGUAAUCAUGUUAUCCGGAGGGCCUUUGGGAAAUAAGGUCUAUGUGUUUGAGCAAUUACACUUCCAUUGGGGACAAAAUGAUUUCGAGGGAUCUGAAGAUUUAAUCAAUAAUCACUCAUUCCCAAUGGAAAUGCACGCUGUUUUUUACAAGGAAGAUUACAAGUCGAUGAAUGAAGCUCUUAAUCAUUCCGAUGGUCUGGCUAUUCUAGCAUACCUAUACGAGGUAAGUCCUAAUCCGAACGUAAUGUACGAACCUAUCGUAGAAGUAUUGCCUGAUAUAGAAACGGUAGGUAGUGAGAAAGUAUUGCGAGAGCCCUUGAUGUUGCGAAAAUUGUUCAUAUCAGAUAUUACCACUAUGCAAGACUAUUUCACAUAUAAUGGCUCAUUGACAACUCCACCUUGUCUCGAGGUAGCUAUAUGGAUUGACUUUAAAGAUCAUCUGCGCUUGUCGCAUGAACAGAUAGCUGCUUUCCGUAAUUUACGAAGUACGGAAGGCGACAAACUGACUCACAACUUCCGGCCAGUGCAAUCUUUAGAAGAUCGAAUAGUUCUCCACAAUAUUCCAAGAGAACAGAACAUACCGAGAAACAUUCCUCCCAAAACUUAUCAUCGUUUCGAUGAACAUUCUGGACAACACAAUGUCGAAAUGCCACUUUCCAUCAUUGCGCUAGCAGUUCUUUUUGCAGUCAUUUUGUUUGCCAUAUGAAAACCUCGAUGUGAAAUACUCUAGUCAAUGACGUCUUUCAAUUGUUAUCUUAAUUUUUAGUAAAAUGAAAAUUGAUUAAAGAAAAAAAAUCAGAUAUUAAUUUCAUUGUGUAAUAUUUUACUUAAAAAUUGAGAUAUUCAGCAAAUGUUCACAGAGAUGAGGUACUCUCUCAUAAUUCUCACUAACAUAAAAUCACUAUAAAAUUAAGUAUUUAUGUUUUCAUUCAAAAUAUAUAUGUAUGUAUACGUGUUAAUUCAAGAUGAUAACAUUGACAACUUAAAUUGUAUUUCAAAGUAGAGUAGAUUAAAUUUUUGUGCACGGAUGACAAAUGUUAAAAUAGAUAUAAUA